ACACCCUACUAUGAUAUGAUGAUUUGCAGAAACAUAAUAAGAAAAAGCCCGAGAUCCCUACAACAUAUCCGGUCGUAUAAAGUCCUAGCCAUAGAAUCAUCAUGCGAUGACUCCUGUGUUGCUCUUCUCGACAAAUAUCACCCAGACAAACCACCGCUAGUAAUAGACCAAUUCAAGAAAACUCUAGACUCAGCAGAUGUGGGUGGGAUCGUCCCCACAGCCGCCAUAAACUUCCAUCACACUAAUGUGGCUUCACUCGCUAAGGACCUAUGUGCCAAACACAACAUAAGCAGUACCAACCCUCCUGAUUUGAUUUGUGUCACUCGAGGUCCCGGCAUGGUUGGCUCUUUAAGUUCCAGUAUCCAGUUCGCCAAGGGACUAUCUGUUGCAUGGGACGUCCCACUAGUCGGGGUGCACCACAUGCUUGGUCAUUUACUCACAGCACAACUCCCAAAGACCGAACAGCCCGACAUCGGACCUCCAGAAUAUCCAUUCUUGAGUUUACUAUGCAGCGGGGGUCACACCAUGGUGAUCCUUCUGAAAUCACUAACCGACCACGAAAUCAUCCUCGAUGUGAGCGGAAUCGCCGUGGGUGAUUCUCUCGACAAGUGUGCGCGAGAACUAGGCAUGCACGGAAACAUGCUCGGCAAGGAGUUGGAGAAGUUCGUCGAUGCCAUACCACAGGAGGAGAUCGACGAGUUUGAACGCAUGGAUAUGUCCACAAGAAAGGCCAAUGACUAUAAUUUCAAAUUAACUAUCCCGUUCAGCGGCGCAUUUAGUAAAGAUGAUAUGUAUUUUCAAUUUGCCCAAUUCUUGAGUUCAGUACAACAAUACAAAGCAUACUAUAAAGGGAAAGUAGACGAAGGCGAACAAUACGACCCCAAGACGAAACGAAUGUUGGCCUAUAUGAUCCAAGAACGCAUUUUCGACCAUAUGAUAAACAGAAUCAACAUGGCAUUCAAGAUUCACGGCACUGGUCCAAGAGCAGAUGGGAAACUUGUCGGUGUGAAGCAUUUCAUCUGUUCUGGUGGUGUCGCCAGUAAUAAACGAUUACGAAAGAAAUUAGAAACUGAAUUAAAGUUGGAUCAUUUGGACGUUCCAUCCAUGACUUUCCAUUUCCCCGAUUUGUCCUUAUGUACAGAUAACGCUAUUAUGAUUGGUAAUGCCGGUAUAAACUUGUUUGAACAAUUGAAAUUAAAAUCAAGUCUUGAAAUAAUGCCUAUUAUUAGAUGGCCCAUGGAUAAGAUUUUGGAUGUUGAUGGUUGGAUUGAAAUGAGUGAUGAUGAAUAUAAUAAUGUACGUAAAUUUUAACUUGUAUAUAUAUCCUAAUAGAACUUGCACAUAUUCAUAGGAGGAGAAACUCGUGUGUAUAGAACGGGAACGUUCUAACAACAACAUCUGUCUAUACGUCUAAUUCAUCGUCGGGUAUUUCAUCUUCAGGAGCUUCAUCACGAUGUCCUAAAAACGACAGUUCUAUUUCAUAUUUUUCAAUAUAGAACUCCCACGCUUGAUAAUUAAACCGGGCAAUAUGAUGAUGUGUCACUGCUUUAUCUUCCUGCUCCAUUUCCUGUUGAGUUACUCUCUGUAUAUACGGUAUUCCAUCUUGUUGAUACAACUUUAGCCUGCCAUCCUUGAUAAGAAAACUGGUAUAGAACAAAUUUUCCACCGAUUGACCAAAAGACUCAGGAUCAAUGAAAAAUUUAAAGAAAUUCAUGCCUUCAUCAGGAACACCUUUUUCUAGAUAUGUUUGAUAAACCAUUCUUACCAUGUAUGCCGUGUUGUGCUCUUCAUUGAUGGUGAUAUCUUCUGCAUUGACAUUGGAUGCAGUUGUUAAAUGUGCAGACUUUGUAUCAUCCUGAUUUCGUGUUCGAACCACUGGCCUCCUUCUUUCAGUUGCCAAUGGCCCAUUUAGGAAAUCAAUCAGGAUAGGCUUCUUACUAACU